UCAUAAUGGAGAAGGAAGCUCCUGUUGACGUCCUCAGUAAACCAGUGAUAGGUUGCUCCAGUGCGGUAACACCCCCCACUGCUCAUACUGUAUCUACAGUAGCAACAUCAGUCAGCCGACGCAGCUGCGACCUGGGUACACGAUGUACGUCCAACACACUCCUAAUCCACCAACUACAGGAAAGUAUAUGUGUGAAGGAGAGCGGGUGAGGAGGGGUGAGGCUCACGUGAGAAACUUCCCUGUGUAUGUGGAGUAAGGCUGCACUGAUUGUGAGGCUUCAUGGCUCAAUAACCUCAGAUGCCAUCACAGAAGGCCAAUUUCCAGCUGCUGUGCUCCUGCUGUUGUCAGGCAGAUAAUAAUGGUGUUGUAGUUAUUGAUGAUAACGCUGUCGUGGGAUGGUGAUGAUGGCUGGAAAUAUGGUGGGCCAUUAUCGUGAUUUAAUCGUUGCCUCUGCGCUCCAGAGGAACCACGCUGACUACAGUGUCAAGUCCACCCAUCAUCCUGUCACUGGAAAUAGCUUCUGGUCUAAUGUUAGAAUAAUUUUGAGUUAUAUCGGAGACAUAUAAUUCUGGAGAGAAUAAAAAGCUAUUAGUAUGCACUUUGACUGAUGUUAAAUGAGCUUGCCCUUUUGAGUUUGAAUACCUGCCACUCUCAGUCUCCCUAUAGUGGCUUUUUGCAGCAACUUCGUGCCGGUCGAACUACCCGAGCAGGCCCGCAUCCUCCUCCAUACAAGUCAGGCCCGUGGCGCAGAGGUCGUACUAAAAGUGGCUGCAGUUGUUUAAGAGGACCGCUGUCCAUCCUCGCGCUCAUCUACUUUAUUUUUAAGCCUUAACAACAAGAGAGACCUUCCCUCACUGGAUGAAGACCCUCGACAAUACUUGGACUAUUACAGGAUCUUUUGUUGCGACCUUUUUGAUCUACACCUGCAUUCUGCGCUUCACCUGGACCCCAUCCAGCUCCACUGGAGUCAUUUAGAAGUGUGAUACUGGGAACCUCACAGCAUCGUACGUCUCCCCCCUGACUUCUCUGAUGGACCAGAGAGUGAAGGGGGGAACCCCUCCAACCACAGCCUCCACUCUGGACCCUACAUCUGCACCUGAAGACUCUGGACAGGACCAGGUGGGAGAGAAAAACAGGAGGAGUGAGGGCCAGAAUGGUGAAGUGGGGAAGAAGGAGGAGGAGAAAAGAGGAGCCGGGAGAAAGAGGGAAGGAGACAAGGGGGCAGUGCUGGAGUUGCUCAUCGAGGGGCGCUGUGGAAGUGUAGGGCAGCAACAGCUUCAGAUCUCUGGCAGGGAGACAAGCUGCCCUGAGGGGAACGUUCGAGUUCGAAUUGGACUCCAGGCCAAGCGCACCAAGAAGCCGCCCAAGAUCUUGGAGAGCUACGUCUGCAAGCCCACGAUCAGGACCUAUCAGAGACACGGCAAGGGGGGACUGCUGAGAGGGGAUGGAGAAGGAGGAGCGGGCCAGCAGAGUAAAACCAGCUCGGCCCCGGACGAAGCAACCAGAGAGCAAUGCUCAGGCUUGGAUGCUGUCCAGACGACAUCCAAACAAACUGCAUCUGCCGCUUCGCCGACACUUACAUCAUCAUCGUCGUCACCGCCAUUAUCAUCUUCGUCACUGCAGCCACUGUCAUUAUCGUCAACAUUUACGACAGCUUCCACCCCAGCCACAGUCCCUGCCAUCACCAGCCAGGGGACCAAGUCUGCCAAACAGGUUCCCAUCAAGCUGGCCAAUAAGACUGAGGUGGAUUCAAAUGGCUCAUCAGAGAGAGUGAAGAAAGACAAGCUUCCGAGUGUCAAUGGGCAGCCUGUCCCUGCAGGAGUCAAACCCUGCUCGCCCUCAACAGACCAGACAGCUUCCACUACUCCGUCCGCCGCAUGCUCCCAGACGGUCUCUCCCUCGGACUCCAGGAGUGACGGCAACACCUCGAAGAAACACAAUGGCUUCGUACAAACUAAAAAACAGAAGGGAUUAUCGAAUGGCAAAGGCUCUGCCAACAUCCACGGCACUUCGGCUUCAUCAAAAAUCAAAGUUGGAAAAUACAGUUCCUCCUCCGUUUCUACCGCGGACUCCUCAACAAAACUUUCUAGCUCCCAUAAGGAACUUUCCAAUAAGAGUAGGCCAGACUCUCCUUCCCCUCCCUCGGCCACCCCCAAACCACAGCCCUCUCCCACUGUGGAUCUCUCCCCUCCCGAAUCCCAAGGUCAGGGUCCUUCUCUCCAGCCCACGCUAGAGAAAAAGAGAGACAAAGAGAGGAAAGCGAAGAAAGAGAAACGGAAAGACAAGAAAUCCAAGAGAGAUAGAUUGGAGGCCGACAGAGCAAAGAGUGAGGGCAGAAAGGAGGAAGUCAAGAAGAAGAAAAAGGAGAAGGGGAAAAAUGGAAAAUCGAGACAUGGUAAAGAAAAGGAUGAAAGACACAGAACUGAUGAUAUAUGGCGGGACGAACUGAAAACAGAACGAGGAAAGACAGAGAAAAAGAGGGAUAAGCUUAGCCCAGAGACACAAAGAAUAGAGGAUAAUAAUGCAAAAUGUGGUGAAACAGCCGAUAACAGCAAACUAGAAAAAACAUGUAAAGCAGCGAAUCCAGGCAGAUCAGAUGAGAAAGAAAGAGAUGACAGUUGCAAGCCAAUUAAGCAAGCUGAGCCAGCAACGACAACAGGUGACACCAGUAAAUCAAAAGAACAUUCAACUGUGCCUCCAAGCCACCCCUCCAGUUCUGCCCCUCCCACUCUGCCCACGCCUUCUGCCCAUACUCCCGUUUCUCCCCCCUCUUCCCCCCAAGAGCAGGAUAGCAGACCGCUCAAGAAACGUAAAGCAAGAAGGCCCAGCUGGACCAAGCUGGCGCACCGGGCUCAGAGGGCGGAAAACCAGGAAGCCCCUGCCGAUCCCGUACACAAUCCGUUCCCCCAGAACCCUAAGACGCCCCUCCCUGCCAAAGCCACUAUUCAGUUAAGUGAUGAGUCACACCCAGCACCAUCUUGCUCCCUACCUAGCAGCUCCUCCCCUCUGUCUUCUGCAACCAAACCUCCUACUCCAAAGCAGAGUCACCCAGACUCUAGCCCCCCUGCUUCCAGAUGCCAUACAAACGCCGUCCGAAAAAGGGGUCGUCCUAAAUCCCACAGCUCUGCUUUGGAUGAACCUCCCCCUCGACUUUCACCGAACGAUAUCCCGACUGAGACGCCUCCUGUUGGGUGUGACGGGGUUCAGAAAGUCCCUGAGCUGGGGCCAAGCCCAGUGCUGCAGUGUGCCUCUCAGUCUAAAUCCAGCCCCAAGAAGCGUGGCCGCCCUCCCAAACGACCUCUCCCUGAGGACCAGAGUGGAGAUGCACUGGAUCACACAGAUAACACAGAGAGGAGUAAAGAUGUUCAUCCUCUGGAAAAGGGAAACAGGCAGCUGAAGAUCAGGAGGCUGAUUAAUGAGAUGAAGAAAAGAAAGAAGAGGAGACUUCACGAAGUAAUGCUGUCUGGUUAUGUUGGAAAGGAGGGGAAAGGAGGGGAGGCAGCAGAUGGCGAGAAGUCUCUGAGAAUGUGUAAAUCAAUAGAGGCUACAACAGUCCACACGCUCUCAGCCCUGUCCUCCUCCUUUGGGAGUAAGCUGGGCCCUCAGAUCAAUGUGAGCAAGAGAGGGACCAUCUACAUGGGCAAGAGGCGAGGACGUAAGCCCAAAUCCCAAACAGCUAACCUAAAUAACAACUCCCUGAACUCCACCCAGCCAUCUCUGUUUACCAAUACUUCUGAAACAUCUCUCUUCUCCUCUAACCAGCCCCAGCCCCCUCACUCUCAUCCCUUUCCCUCCCCAUCUCUUACUCACUCCAGCGGGGCACAGAGUCCUUACAGUGAAGGCAGCCUCGCAGAACCUGCACCCUCCCUACUUUUUUCCCAGCCCUUCUCCCUCCCUUCUCCAUCUUCCUCGUGUACAUCCCCCCGCCCUCCAUCCUCCUCAUCGCUCUCGCCGUUCGUGAAGAAGAGUUGCCCGUGUCAGGGAAGGCAUCACUUCCCUUUUCACCAGUCUUCAUGUAAGCUCUCUUGUCCCACUCCUCCACUGCAUCACACACCUGGCUCUCCGGGCCACCUGAAAGAGGCCACCCCCUCCCCCAGGAGUGAAUCACACAGCGAAGAGACGCUGCCUAGUGACAGCGGCAUCGGUACCGAUAACAACAGCGUCUCAGAGCGAGCUGAGAUGAGGGGCGCUCGCGGCAUGCUGAGGUUGGGUCACGGGUCAGGAGUGAUUCUGGGGGGUCAGAGACAUCCCUCUUUGCUUGUGGACCGCCCCUCUCCAGUCUCCUCACCUCUCUCUCACAUGGCCAGACACGCAAACCCUUUGACCAACGCAAAUGCUGCGGAGCGGCACAGAGACAGACACCGGCACAGACGCAGGGAUUACGACUGUUCCUCUUCCUUUAGUUGUUUGUGCCCUUGCCCCUGUCCAGGACACAAGUGCCCCCAUUCAGACUAUUACCCUUGUCUGGGGCACAAUGCACUGAAGAGACAGAAAAACAGACAUAAGAAGAAGCACCAGCAGCUGCACAUGCAGGAUCCAGAGUUCCUGGCUGAACUAGAGGAUCUGAUCAGUCAGUUCAGUGAGGUCCACAUUGGACGGCGAAGCUGGGGGAGGACAGGGCUGGGACAGGGCUUCGAAGGGAGCGCGACCACUCCUGGAGGAAGGCGACACCAUUCCUCUUCUCACUCCCUCCGCUCCAACAUCUUCAGGAUCAACCUAAACGGCUUCUACUCGCCUCACCCUUCAUCUUUCUCGGCAAAUCCCUCCUUUUCAACCCAGCCUUUCUACCCAUGCCACUGCAACAGGAAGCCGGACCGCAGGCAAUGUGGUUGUCCAUCAAAGUUCCAGGAGACCAUUGAAAAUAUGGGCUUUUACAGCAGCUAUCCGUCAGCCACAGCACUUUAUCAUCACCUCCCAAGCACCUACCCGCUUCCUUCGCCUCACCAGUAUUCCCCCCAUCAGCCUCACCAUGCCCAUUUCCUCCUCAACCCAGCCAGAUUCCACAGGCGCAGGAGUAGGCUGCUCAGGGAGGGAGCUUUGGGAGGUGAGGCCGAGGAAGAUGUGGGCAGCGGCGGAAGCCCGCAUCUCAGCUCAGGAUUCACAUCCAGCCUCUCUUGCGGUUGUGGAAGGAGCGAACACAAACACAAACACAAGCACCGUCACAGACACUCCGAGCGAGACCUGGAUGACGAGGAAGAGUUACACGAAGAUGAGGAAGAAGAUGGAAUGGAGAGAGAAGGGCUGGCUAGUUCAAAGUCGAGGUCAGGGUUUCUUUUGGGGCAAGGCGAAGGAGGAAGGAAAGGGGCAAGAGGGACAGGGAGCCUGCGGUCUAAAGAGUCACCUUGGCUACGCGAAAACGGAAAUGAUUCCUUCUCUACCGCUUCGUCGUCAUCAGCUGAGAGGUACAAGCACUCCUCUCUCACCUCACUGGGGCUGGGCUCCUCUCACCUGUCUUCAUUUGGAGGAAGCUGGGGUGGCUUGGGCCAGAGUUGGUCAAAAUUCGGAGGUAUGGGAAGUACAAGGUUUGGAAACUCAAACCCAACCUGGAGAGGCUUUACUGGAGACCAACCUACUGGCAGGAUGAUUGCAUCAGACGGAGAGGACGACGACGGCGAGGAUGCUCAAGACUCUCACCUGUACAGGAGUUGUCCGUCUCCAGCACACACCAACCUGUUCACGUCCGCUGCCAUGGCAACGGGAGGGAGGAGUCUGAGGAGCGGAUUGGCUAGUAGGAAUCCGGGAAAUGGAGACAGGUUAUGGAGGAGAGAUGAACCGGCAUGGACAGAGAGGAGAGAAGCAGGUUUACAAGGUGACUCGAGAAGCCGGGGGCAGCAGAAAAGUGUGCCGGCUCCAGACAACGCGGCGGUAAAAAACAAAAGGAGGCCAGGACGGCCCAGGAAGCACCCACUGCCCUCCACAGUAUCCUCGCCCACGCACUCAUCUGCAACUCGGCCCAUAUCAUCACCUGACCUCUUGCCAGCACACAGCCACAACAGAGAUGGGAGAGAGGUGGGAGGGAGGAAAGAAGAAGUAGUGCCACAGAGGGACCGAGGAGGAGGAGGAGGAGGAGGAGGAGGAGGAGGAGGAGGCGACACAGUGCCGCAGGUGACAGAAUUGGAGUUGCAGGCCAAGAGGAAGAGAGGACGGAAAAGAAAACACGGUGACUCUCCAUGUCAUCAGAGCGUCGCUGAGGAUAAACCUGAAUGUGACGCCGUCCCUGAAUGUUUUAGCCAAUCAGAUUCGGACUUGGCUCCGUCCCAGCUGGUAGCCAUCCAGAGAGAGGAGAGAGCGGAGGGUCCUCCCAGGAAGAAGUUUCUGAGGGCAGGUCUUUACUCUGAUGAUUACAAAACUACAGAUCCCCCCUCUCAGAGGAGUUGCAGAGAGAGUAUGGAGUACUCACCAGACGAGCAUGAGUACAGCCUUUUACCUGCUCCUAUACAUGUUGGGAAGUACCUGAGGCUAAAGCGAAUUAAUUUCCAGUUACCAUAUGAUGUGAUGUGGCUGUGGCAGCAGAACCAGCUUCACCGGCAGCCUGCUGUCCCCCUGAAGAGAAAGCGGCGUUACUGUCGACUGAAAGAGAGGACUGUGUCCUCCCAGCAGACGGCGGAGGAGAGCUCCAGUGACAUUACCAGCUUGUUCCCUCACCUCGACAUGGAACCUUUGACCAGCAGCGAGAGGAGCUUUGUGGUCAAACACCGUGUGUUCCUUGUGAGGAACUGGGAGCUUGUGAGAGACAGACAAAUCCGAAUGAGGAUACAGAGGGAGAGGGAGAGAGACGCUGAGGGAGAGGAGGGAGAGGAGGGGGAGGAGGAGGGAGAGGACGGCGACUCACAACGUUUGUCCUGUGAUGGAGCCAAUGGGGACGACAGCCACAUCAAGUCAGGUCAGCCGGUGGGGGCGGAGGUGACGGUUAUCAGCAGUGACCCCCACCACCAAAGUCAGGAAACCUCCAGCUCGCUCACUGCCAGCCCCUGUCCCACCAAAUCUCAGAACGGACAAGAGGACGAGGGAGAGGAAGAAAAACGAGGGGAAGGAGAGGUCUGUCGCAGAGAACAGAGGAGGAAACGACUAAAUGAUUUACUUUUGACCCUGCAGCAUUCAUAAGCUAACAGAGAGAGGUGGAACCCCUCUGAGAAAGGGACCAGGCCCACCACUGGACAGAUGGACAAGAACUGACGCCUGCUAUUAACAGUAGCAAUGCCACAAGUGAGAAAAGGAGACGAGAGCUCGGGAAUUAUUGCAGCUGAAAAUGCAAGAAAGACAUCUCGCACACUGACAGAUGAGUGUGUUGAACCUAGCGCUCUGAAGGGCAUCACACCAAGGAUGAAACCAUGGCAACACAUCUUUUGUCCAAGCGGCGAGGGAUGAGAGAAGUAGAGACAGACUGUCCUGGAUGAAAGAAAGAAACAGACCAGCUGAAAUGAAUUUGCACUAGUGCUGGAUGAACAGGCACGCUAAAAGACUGUAUGUAUGCUGAGUGGACACACUAUAAACACAUACAACACUUCAACCGCUCUGACUUGGGCACCUUAAGCAAAUUGGGAAAGACGGAUAUUGCACGGGAGGUUGAAAGUGGACAUACAGUAUACGGUACUCGGCUUGGCUCUGAAGUUUCUAGGAGACGAGGAGCUCAUGAGCUGCCCGGGUGGGGGGGGGGGGGGGCACAAAUGUAGCCUGGGCCCUAAGUAGGUCAAAAUUGAACCCUCAUUUACUCGUUAAGCUUUCAAAGUCACAUUGCACCUUUGGGAAAUGGCAGGAGGAGAAGUGAGCCAGUUAAAAGCUGUUGAGACAGUGUUAGGGGGUUUUCUUCACUUUACCAAGACAGUGUCUACUAUGUACCCGUGAACAGGCAGGGGAGGGGGGUGGGCUUAGUGAUAGGAAUUUUGGCAUCGCUGCAACAGAAUUUCUAAUGAGGUUUUAAGAAAGAAGUUAUUUUUUUGAGUAGAGGAGAAAAAGACGGCCCGAGUACUUUGUCCUAAAGAAAUGGACAGAAUAUAUUCACGACAGGAAUGUUUAUCGCUAACUAUUUUCAGUAUUGCUUCCGAAGGGAGUGGAAGUGUAAAAAAAGUGUUUUUGUUUACUUCAGACUGCCUUGGAGAAUGUUUCACUCUUUGCUUCAGAGCACUGACAAUCAGAAUGUCCUCGCGGGGGGAAGAGGGGAGUGAGGAGAGGGAAUGAAAACCAGAAUUGAUUUGCCCCAAAUGCUCUGUAGAAGUGCCAUGUUGUCUUGUGUACGUACCUAAGCGAACUCAUGCAGUCUUUAAAAGCAAUAUCUCCUCUGAUAAGGACUAUAUAAGAACUUCCUUUGUUUUUGUUUUGUUUUUCCUCGUUUUUUUUUUUUCUCCGUUUUUUUAAAGUUGUGAAUAUUUGAGGUUAGGAGGACAUUUUUCUGUACAGAUGUGUAGUAGAUUGUUCUCAUCUUAGGAGCAUUGGGCUAAUCCACUUAGUGGAAGUAAGCGUUUAAUUUCAUGUGAAUGUACAGUACAUAGACAGACCUGUUUUCUCCUUCUAUCAGCAGUAGCAGUGUAAAAUUAGUAUUAUACGUUACAAUACUAUCUGGAUUAUACAUAAAAGUCAAUACUCAAAUCUCUCAUUUUACUAAGAUGUUUUUAACAAGUUACAGCUGACCAGUAUAUCAGACGUUUUCUCCUUACUAUUGACUAUGAUUGUAUUUUUGUUUCGUAGAGUUACAUAAUUUGUCUCUCUCUCUCUCUCUUUUUUUUUUUUAUCUGAGUGUACUUUUGUUUUGGUCAGACAAUCAGUGACAGUGAAUUAGUUUUUCCGGUGUUCAAUUUCUGCUCUCUUUCAGUAGUGUGGCUUCUAAUAACAAGCCAAGUAAGUGCAAUUUCUUUGACUGUUUACAUACUGUACGUAUAUAUUUUUCCUCUUUCCUUUUUUAACCAAGAGCACUACAUUAUUGCCAGUGGAUGAUUAACUUUAUAGCAAAGGUACACGUAAAGAGUUAUUUAUCUAGUUUGCAUGACUUGUAACCUUUGCCUGUUGCCUCUGAUAAUGUGCAUCUCAGAAAAAAGAAAAAAAAGAAAAAAAAGAAAAA